UCAAUGUCACAAUGAUAAUCAAAAAGCAAAAAAGACAAAUUUAUCAAUUUUGUGAUAAGUCAGCAUUUUACAAAAAUAUAAAAAUUGUUUUUUCAAAACGGAAUACUACCUUGUCGUCACACAAUAGCUGAUGAAUUGCAAAUCGUGUGUGAAUGCAUUUAUUAGUGUUUUUAAUAUAGAACAUAAAAGGGAUUGAAUUUAUUGUUUACGAAAAACUUACGAUGUCGGACCCAAGUAAUCCAUUUGCUGGUUUAUUAGGAUCAUCAGAUAUUACGACUCCGCUUGAACCUCCUCAGCUCGAAGAUAGUCCUAUGCAAGUAAAUUUAAAAACUUCUCAAGAUAGUAAAGCGGCACAUACCGUAAACAACAUAGUGGAAAAUGUUUUUCAUUUCACCAUAAACCCUAAUGCUGUAGACAGUAAAGGAAAUGGUGACCGACAGCUGGUAUACUUAGAAGAAUUAGCAGAAGCUACAAAACCUAAUAUUUACAUAGAUCUAGAAGCAUUAGAACAAGCUUUAUUUGAAAGAUUACUACUGCCUGAUGUUGAAUCUUUUAUAAUACCUAAAGCAAGUAAAGUAUAUAAGGAGCAUGUCAUUCAAAAACAGAUCUUUCCAUACUUGUUCAGCUCUAUGCAAAACCUUCAGAGUUAUGAUAGUACCAAUGACAACACAGUGAAGAAUGCACUAGUGAAGAUGAAGGAGCUUAUAUUCAGAAAUGCUGUAACUGCCUUGAAACAGCCAGCAUUAUUUGAAGGCCAAGACUUUGCAGCUCAGUUAGAAGAAUUAUUGCAACAUGUAGACCCACAGAGCCAUACAUUUUUCAUUGAUAUAGUCACAGCAUUUAUGUCAGAUGGUGAUGUUAACUCACAAGAACAACUAAGAGAUACUAUGAUACCUGUACUAAAAAGGAUUCAUACGGAAGUAAACAAAUCUAAUAUCAUCAAUCUCCCUAUUUAUAUUCUGCCAUCAAUACACCUGUUUGCUAGUAACACAUACUUAGCACCCAUUUUAAUGGAAGCUUGCGAACCAAAGAUAGAGAACAAUGGAAGGCUGUAUCAAGAUUCUGUGAUAGGUGCAUUACUGAGUCUCUCAGUACUGCCCAGGACAGCAUCAUCACUUCAUGAGUUUUUUGAUGUACCUAUGGACCAGGCAGCAACUUCUCUUGUAGAAACAUCAAUAUGGAAUGCGUCAUCACAUUUAACAAAUAACAUGCAUAAAAUAUUUCUUUCAUUAUUGAAAGGUGGGCCACACAUGAGGAAUCGAUUACUAACAUGGAUUGGUAAAUGUCUUAAGACAAAUUCAGGCAGAGGUAAACUUUGGAAUGUACAGGCUGGUGAAAUAAGUGCAGCAACACUGAGUUGUGUAUCAGAUGGUUUCAUGUUGAACCUGGGUGCAGUGCUUUUGCAGUUGUGUCAGCCAUUUUGUAUGUCACCUGAUGAUCCCAAAUCACUAAAAAUUGAUCCCACCUAUGGUGCAGUUCCACCUGAAGAAUGUGCUGGGAAAUCAGUACAUUUAGAUUGUUUACAUAAUGAAACAUGUUUACUGCCAGCACGUGAGGGGGAGGAUGGACAGAGUCUAAAGCGACCUACUGCCGAUAGCUAUAACUUUGUGACUGAAUGUUUCUUCAUGACGCAAAAAUGCAUAGACUUAGGAGUGCGUGUGUGUGCGGAGAAGCUGUGGCGCUGCGGGCAGGAGGUGGGGCAAGCGCAACGCGCGCUGGCCGACGCUCACUCCGCGCCGCACGCGCACGCGCCGCGCCUGCUCGACGCCAUGCGCUCUCGCGCCCAGCACCUCAUGACUAGAUUUGUGAGCCUCCGCUGCGCGCUGCUGGAGAACGACACGCUGAUGAACCUGCACCGGCUGCAGGCGAUGACUUGCACGUGGCUGGUGCAAGUGGCGUCGCGCGCCAACCCACCCUCGCCUCAGAGCAGCUAUGCGCCCGGGGAACUGCUUCCCGUUCAGAUGCCUAUCGCCACGCCACCGCCAGAUACGCUCAGAUGCAUUCCUGAGUUCGUGCUGGAGAACAUAGUGGUGCUGAUCACGAUGGCGCGGCGGACGGUGGGCGCCAUCACGGAGGAGGCGGACGUGGCGGGGCUGCUGCAGCCCGCGCUCACGCUCGUGCUCACCUUCAUGGGCGACUCCACGCGCACGUACAACCCACAUCUCAGAGCGCGUUUAGCCGAGUGUUUGGAGGCCAUGUUACCAAAUCACGCAGAUGACCAACAACCACUGAGCAAUCUGGCGUCCUUCUACAGAGAGCAAUUAUUCAAAGAACAUCCACAUAAACUUCAGCUGGUGCCAUGUCUCCUUGAUGUAUUUGUGGGCAUUGAAAUGACCGGUCAGAGCGUGCAAUUUGAACAGAAGUUUAACUACCGCCGUCCGAUGUAUCUUGUUAUGGAUUUCUUGUGGCAGAUGGAGGAACAUCGAGAUGCCUUUACUCAACUGGCGAGAGCAGCUGAGGCGAACAUGGAAGCAGUACACCCACCGAUAUUUCUACGUUUUGUUAACUUGCUCAUGAAUGAUGCAAUAUUUUUACUGGAUGAGGCGCUUGGCAAUAUGGCGCAAAUAAGAACGAUGCAAGCCGCACAAGAAUCCGGCGCGUGGGCAAACUUACCACCGCAAGAGCGUGAGCAGAACCACGCGAACUUGACCCAUAUCGGCAUGCUGGCGCGCUUCGACAACAUCCUCGGCCGCGACACCAUCCGCACGCUAGUGCGACUCACCGCGCACGCGCCGUACGUGUUCUGCCACCCCACGCUCGUCGAGAGGAUCGCUUCUAUGCUCAACUACUUCUUGCUACAUCUCGUUGGUCCAAAUAAGAAAAACUUUAAGGUAAAAGACAUGAAAGAGUUCGAGUUCGACCCGGCCAGCACGGUGCUGGACAUCUGCCGCAUGUACGUGGAGCUGGGCAGCAACAGUCGGUUCUGCGGCGCGGUGUCCGACGACGGCAGGUCCUACUCGCCCCAGCUGUUCACGCUCGCCGAGGCUGUUCUAGUUCGCAUCGGAGGCGGUGGAUUAAUAGGUUCUCUACAAGAAGUGGCUGCGCGUGUCGGCCAAUUGGCUGAACAAAAGCAGAGAGACGAAGAGAUACUCGCGAAUGCACCUGAUGAGUUCCUGGAUCCGAUCAUGAGCACUCUCAUGAUGGAUCCGGUCAUCUUACCGAGCUCGCGCACUACUGUCGACCGAACUACUAUUGCCAGGCAUCUUUUGAGUGACCAAUCAGAUCCGUUUAACAGAUCUCCACUAUCUAUGGACCAGGUGAAAUCAAACACAGAACUAAAGGAGCGAAUACAUGCAUGGAUUGCCGAACAGAAGCAAAACUUUGCUCAAAAAUAGAUCACUCACAAUAUUUAUUAUAAUGUAGUAAUACAUUUUAACGUUUGUACAUUUUUGUUUACUAGGCAAGCUAAUAUUAUAACUAGAUGUAACAUGUAGAUUUCAUACUGGCUGUACUCUAUUCUAAUAUAUUUUUACAGAACAGUUUCACACUAUGGGUAUAAAAGACAAAAUAUCUAAGUGUCAAUUGCGUAAAAUUAAUUACAGUAUUGUAGAGGGUAAAAAUCUUUAUUCUGCUGACGAAAUUGUUAAAGGAUAGAAAUGACUCGGAUGCUUAAUAUAAAUCCAUAUUGAGUGAGGCCAUGAUUUACGGCAUUUUUUGUAAAAAUGUAUUUUUGUCGUUAAAUUUGUUUCAUUGUAUUAUUAUUUUCGUGUUUAAAAUGAAUGUAAAUUUAGUGUUUUAAGUUACUACAUAUCAAUCUGUUAUAAUGUUUGUAAAUUAUGAUUUUUCUUUGCGUUGUGAUAAAUUUAUAGUAUGACUAUGUUUAUUAUUUCAGUUUGUGGCCCAUUCCAAUUAUAUAUAAUAUGGUCAAUGUGUCUUUAAUGUUUAAAAUAUAUUUUUAAGUGAAGUAAAUGUAUUUAAAGCAUUCCCCGAAUCGAUAAAAUAAAUUGUGAAAUUAUUAAGUUUAGGUAAAAUCAUUGUUGAGUUUCUGUUAAUUUUGUUAACAUUCUGUGAGAAGGGAAAAACAUUAUUGAAUAAGAACGAUGCCCGUCUAUUUUAUAUCGUACCGUACCGUAUCGAAUUGACCGUCUUUUGUAAUGGAGUAGCGUAACUUGUUACUUUAUCGAUGUUAUGAAGUAACUGGUAAUAAUAAAAUAAUUGUGAAGAAAAUUUA